ACUUCCAAUCUACUCAGAGCAACCCUUUCUCUCCAGCAGAGAGUGUCACCUCCUGCUUUAGGAUCAUCCAGCUCUGCUAACUGGACCUCACCCUGCCUGCAGGAUCACAUUGCAAGGCUUUCACGCUUCCCCACCUUGCCUGGGGGUAAAUCUCUUCUGUGGAAUCUCAGAUCAAAUUCCCUCCUAAGAAUAUUUCACCAAGAAUUGCCUUAGGAGCUGAACUGGGGGGUACUACGAUGAUACACCCACCACUUGUGCUGCCACCUGUCAAAACUCUGGAUGGCCCUACUUUCAGGUCAUGACCCCAGGAUUUAAGAAGUUCUUGAAGACAAUAUUGAAUAUGAUCCAAGAGAAAAUGUGAUUUGAGUCUGGAGACAGUUGUGCAUCAGAUAGAAGAGAAAACAGUCUUUGGGAGAUUGCGACAAUUAAAAAGACAAAGUGCUUCCAGUUUGAUUUGUAUUAUAUAACAUUUUAUUUUGGCAUUAAUAAUGAUGGAGAAAAGAUGUAUGCUGUUUUCUCUAUUUCUUCUGUCUUUUUUUAUGAUUCUUGUCAUAGCAGAGUCAGAAGAGAGCCAUGAUCAACAAAAUGAGUUGGGUGUUACUAGAAAUAAAAUUAUGACGGCUCAAUUUGAAUGUUACCAGAAAAUUAUGCAAGACCCCAUUCAACAAACAGAAGGCAUCCACUGCAACCGAACCUGGGAUGGGUGGCUGUGCUGGAACGAUGUUGCCGCAGGCACAGAAUCAAUGCAGCACUGCCCUGAUUACUUCCAAGAUUUUGAUCCUUCAGAAAAAGUUACAAAGAUCUGUGACCAAAAUGGAAACUGGUUUAGACAUCCAUUAAGCAACAGAACAUGGACAAAUUAUACCCAGUGCAAUGUUAACACACAUGAGAAAGUGAAGACCGCACUGAAUUUGUUUUACCUGACUAUAAUUGGACAUGGAUUAUCUAUUGCAUCACUGCUUAUAUCACUCGGCAUAUUCUUUUACUUCAAGAGCCUAAGUUGCCAACGAAUUACUUUACACAAAAACCUGUUCUUCUCCUUCGUUUGUAACUCUAUUGUAACAAUAAUUCAAUUCACUGCUGUGGCUAACAACCAGGCCUUAGUAGCCACAAAUCCUGUUGGUUGCAAAGUGUUCCAAUUCAUGCAUCUUUACUUGAUGGGAUGUAACUACUUUUGGAUGCUCUGUGAAGGUGUUUACUUACACACACUCAUUGUGGUGGCUGUGUUUGUAGAGAAGCAACACUUAAUGUGGUAUUAUUUUCUUGGCUGGGGAUUUCCACUGAUUCCUGCUUGUAUACAUGCCGUAGCCAGAAGCUUAUAUUACAAUGACAACUGCUGGAUCAGUUCUGAUACUCAUCUUCUCUACAUUAUCCACGGCCCAAUUUGUGCUGCUUUCCUGGUGAAUCUUUUUUUUCUAUUAAAUAUUGUACGUGUUCUCAUCACUAAGUUAAAAGUUACUCACCAAGCGGAAUCCAAUCUGUACAUGAAAGCUGUGAGAGCUACUCUGAUCCUAGUGCCAUUGCUGGGCAUUGAAUUUGUGCUAUUUCCAUGGCGACCUGAAGGCAGGGUUGCAGAGGAGGUAUAUGACUACAUCAUGCACAUUCUUGUGCACUAUCAGGGUCUUUUGGUCUCUACAAUUUUCUGCUUCUUUAAUGGAGAGGUUCAAGCAGUUCUGAGAAGAAACUGGAAUCAAUAUAAAGUUCAAUUUGGAAAGAGUUUUUCCCACUCCGACGCUCUUCGUAGCGCAUCUUACACGGUGUCCACAAUCAGCGAGGGCACCGGCUACAGCCAUGACUUUCCCAGUGAGCACUCAAAUGGAAAAAGCAUCCAUGAUAUUGAAAAUAUUGCCUUAAAACAAGAGAAGUUAAACGAUUAUAUUUUACAAUAGAGGCAGUAUUGUAUAACUAUUAUGUGCCACUCCUAACUCAAGGGCUUAGAUCCAUGACUUCAGUGUUAAAUGAACUUCUUGAUUGCCACAAAGAAACACUCACAUGAAUUCAGUAGUUUGUUGGUCAAUGUUUCACAACUAGCUCUGUGGGGGGAAAAACCCUUAUUUGUAAUGCUUGCUACUUUCUAUGGUGUAAAUAGUCCUACCAUGGCUGAUUUCAAGCUACCAACUUGACAUCACUGAAUGUGGAAAUAGGAAAAGAUUACCAUAAUCAAUUCUUUUGGCUUAAUAAGCCAUUCUAGGACACUACUGCAAGCAUUCAUGUAUAAAUUAGACUGAAAAUUUUAUAUGCAUUUUGGGCAUGAAUUGGCACUUUCUGCCUAGAAACCUAGCAAAGACCUAUAGACUUGGAGGGAAAAAUAGCUUUUCAUUUGUUUAUUUAAAAACUUUAUCUUAUAUUCAUUGGUGAAGUUGAUUUUUUUGCUCAGCGUAUUCUAAACCUUUUUGUAUUUACCCUUUCAAGUGGAGCAGAUAAAGAAGUUAAUUAUUCCUCUUAACUUACCCUCUCCUUCACAAGAAAGGCAACUGAGUAGAAUUUCGAUUGGGUACUCAUUUGCUGAUACAUCACAGUUAUACCCUGUGCCAUAUCCAUUUGUGAGACUUAAUAAGUAGUACAUGUGACAUGCAAUCCUACUUUGGUAUAGUUAGGAAAACAUCUUGGUCAAUGCUACAAAAACCCUUAUCAGUUACUUUCCUACCUUGCUGCUUUCCUGUCUCACUACAUAACUGGCAGGGAAUCGGUUUCCCUGUAUCUGUAAAUAAGCACUUUGCCCCUUCCAUUUCUACUGUGUAGACAAAUUAGCAAGUUUUACAUGAAGCAUAUUAAUUGAUAUAGGGUUUCUUCUUACCUUGGAAGUUUGUAAAAAAAUUUUUGUGAAAAAAUGAGCUUGUAAAUACUGUGUUAUUCUGUUUUAUAGCCUCAAAUUAAAUACAUGCAAUCUAGGAAAGAUUUUUAAAACAAAUACAUAAUGUAACAAUGUAUGCAUCUUAAUAUCUGAUACUGUGUCUGGGCUGAUUUUAUAAUAAAAUAGGGUCUGGAAUUUUAUAUUUGGUAAAUAUUUUAAAGACAACCAGGUGCCAGCAUCAGAAGUUUGAGAACUAACAGAGAUAUCUAAGAUAAGAUAUAAAGUAUUUAUUACAAACAAACUCAAGACCAUUGUUUUAUUGAACUUGGUGUUUCAUACUUUAAUAGGUAUGUUUGACAUAUUUUUCUUUUUAUUUUGAUGAUGAACUUGCAUUCUAAUCCAGAAAAUUUAAGCAACUCCUACUGUAAAAAAUGCCAAUUCACUAAUCUUACAGUUCUUGCCCUAUUAAAAAUAUUAACUUUCUGACUUAUAGCAUAUGAAGUUUUAUAGCUUUUGAAGUGUUCCAGGCUAUUUUAAAAGCUAUAGGGAUGCAAUAUAUAUAAAAUACAGUAUUUUAAUAUUAUAAUAGAGCUACAACAUAUGAUGAUACAAGUCAGUGAAAGAUUUGAAUACAGUCUGGAAGAAUAAUUGUUGUCAGAUGUUUAUGAAAUAAUUAAAUUAAGAUGGAGUAAAGACUUGCCAAUGAAUUAAAGUGACAUUUAAAUUGGAUUCGAUUUCCCUGAUGUUAUUUUCCACUGAAAUAUCUGAAAAACAAAAUGUCUUCAAUUAGUAAAAGCUCAUUUGGAGACAAGGCAUCACUAUGUAUGUGUGUUUUUAUAGUGUGUUAAUUGCUUAUAGUGCAUUAAAAUGAUUUUAACCAUUUAAAA